AUGGCAGUAUCCAAAACCCAGCCUCCUGAAUCAGGGACAGUCAUCUCCACCCUGUCUGUGAAUGCUGCUGAGUUUUACCCUGCUGGAUACUCUGUAAAUGUUGUAGAAGAAAAUGGAGCAUAUCCAGUCCAUGAGAUGAGCUUGUCAGAAUAUGUUCAAGACCUACUGAACCAUUUAACUCAACAGCCUGGGAGUUUUGAGGCCGAAGUCUACCAGUUUACAGAUGUGCUAAACAACUGCAUUACCACAGAAGAAUCCUUACAGGAACUUGUGGAACUUGUCUAUCAGCAGGCAACAUCGGUACCAAACUUCUCAUACACAGGAGCACGUCUGUGCAAUCAUCUGUCUAGUAACCUGGUGAUAAACCCACAGAACUGGAACUUCAGACAGUUGCUGCUCAAGAGGUGUCAGACAGAAUUUGAGAAGAGAGACCAGGCAGCAAAGGGCGAUGAAGCUACAAGAAAGCGAUUUCACGCUUUUGUACUUUUCCUGGGUGAACUUUAUCUUAACCUUGAGAUAAAAGGGGCGAAGGGUCAGGUGACUAGAGCACAGAUCCUGCAAAGUGGCCUCAAGGAGCUGUUGGAUGCCUUAUUCUCCAAUCCAGUAGAUGAUAAUGUAAUUUGUGCCGUGAAACUGCUGAAGUUAACUGGAUCAGUCCUUGAAGAUGCAUGGAAAGAGAAAGGGAACUCUUACAUGGAAGAAGUGAUUCAGAGAAUGAAGAAUGUAGUUCUGGAUGCACACUGUAGCAGGGAUGUGAAACAAAUGCUUUUGAAAUUGGUGGAACUUCGGUCAAGUAACUGGGGAAGAGUUUAUACAGCGUCAACUUUCAGUGAAUCCACUCCUGAAAAUGACCCCAAUUAUUUUAUGAAUGAGCCCACAUUUUAUACGUCCGAAGGCAUUCCCUUCACUGCAGCAGAUCCAGAUUAUCAAGAGAAGUACCAGGAGAUGCUGGAUAGAGAGGAUUUCUUCUAUGAGGAGAAUGGAACAGACUUACCUGGUUCAGGGGACUCGUUCCUUGAUGGUUUAGAUGAUGAUGAAAUGGACCCCGAGAUGGAAGAAGCUUAUGAGAAGUUUUGCUUGGAGUCAGAACGUAAAAGAAAACAAUGA